UCCUGCUGUCACUCAGAGGCGGGGCUCUCCAGCUCUCUCUCCUCCUUUCCGUGUAUCCGGGGCCGGCCGGAUGGCUGUGCUACUACAGGCCGGGGCUGUGGCCGAGUCUCAGCGCCUGCACUCUCUGUUUCACUGUAUGCAGGUGCAAACAAUGUGCUUAUGGCAGCAACCGUGGAUAACUGGAAAUGAGCUAAAAUGGAACCAAUAUCCUCAGAGUCACUAAUGUGAUUUGGUGUUUUCCUGUGGAGUCAAAAUGAGUGAUGUCCAGGCGACAGUUGAAUUUUCAGUGGAGCUCCAAAAAUUCUACAAUGUGGAUUUAUUUCAGAGAGGGUUUUACCAAAUACGAGCCUGUAUGAAAAUUCCUCCUAGAAUUCCACACAAAAUUGAAGCAAGUCUUUUACGCAUCACAGGAGAUGAUUUGGCCUUUCCUGCUUCAGUCCAGGAUACUGUAGUCUGCAGUAAAAUCUUUCAAAUACUUUACAAGAAUGAGGAGGUUACGGUGAAUGAUGUAAUGAACUUUAAAAUUAAAAUGCUUCUGGAUGAAAGAAAGAUUGAGGAGACUCUAAAUGAACUUAAUUUCCAGCUUUCCAUUGAACUGUAUUUCACAGACACAGAUUACUCACCAAAUGACCCCAACGCCUUGCAACUAAUUAGUAGCCGAAAUCUGAAGUUGCACUUUAAUCUUCACAGAGGCCUUCAUCACCACAUUAAUUUAAUGUUUGAUUACUUCCAUCUCUCUGUCAUAUCUGUUAUAGUUCAUGGCUCCUUGGUCGCUUUACAUCAGCCGCUGAUCAGCUUUCAUCGUGCAAUGAAGAACACUUGGUUGAACAGGAAUGCUCCAGCCCAGAACAAAGAUUCCUCAAUACCAACACUUGAAAGUGUAGUUUUCGGCAGUAACUUCACAAAGCAGCUGUCAGCAGAUGGUAACAGCUUUGUAGUUCAAGAAUGUUUCUUGCAUCAUGCCUACAAUUUCCAUUAUACACUCUGUGCCUGUUUGCUGCUAGCAUUUAAGGGAUUAUACAGCUAUUUCAUCACAGUAACAAAGGAGCUGCCUUCCUCUUCCAGACUAGAGAUGGCCAAGCUCCGCAUGCAGGUCCUUUAUGAUCGUCUCUUCAGAAGAAAAAGUCCAUGGGCCCCUAGAGACGCCACCCUGGAAAAAAUCGAUGUAGACACUCGUCUAUCCGAAUUAUGUGAAGAUGUUAAGAAAUUAGAAAAUCCUGAUGAACUGGCAGAAUUAAUAAACAUGAAUCUCGCACAGCUUUGCUCACUGCUGAUGGCUCUCUGGGGACAGUUUCUUGAAGUGAUCGUCUUGCAAGAUGAAAUUGUGGCCUUGGUGGCACAGGAGCAUCAUACACUGAGAGUGCGCAGGUUUGCUGAGGCUUUCUUUUGCCUUGAACACCCCAGACAAGCAGCCCUUGCAUAUCAGGAACUGCAUGCUCAAAGCCACCUUCAGAUGUCUACAGCCAUUAAAAACUCAACAUAUUUCAGUUCUCUUCCUCCUCUUCCAAUUGAGUGCAAUGAACUGGAUGGAGACUUUAAUUCCCUGCCUAUUAUAUUUGAAGAUAGGUAUCUAGAUUAUAUUACAGAAGACUUAGAUGGGCCCUGGUUGGGAGUUCAGAAUGUGCAGAGAUCCGAUUCAAAUAAACUGGACAAGCUUGAUACUGAAGAGAGAACAAUUUGUGGCCUUGCCAGCCCAGAACCGAAAGUCCGAGCUGAAGGUGCUUCUUCCACUUCCUGGUGUACUGAAGGUGAAAAGCAGCUAACAAAAGUCCAAAAGAGUAAAAAUGAAGAUGAAAGUAAAUCUAAAGCAAAAGUAAAUAAGCUAAUGAGAACAAUGAAAUCUGACAACCCUAAAAAAAUAGUUAAGCAAAAUUCUAAAGACUCUGUGGUUCUAGUAGGCUACAGAUGUUUAAAGGCUGCUACAGCAGAAGCUAUGUCUAAACCCUUUGAAGGCAGGCCUUCACAUUGUCAGAAGGACGGACACUGCCCCAUGCAGGGGUUUCUGUCAAGUGACUCUAAGUCCUCUGGGUUACAUACAUGGCAAAAAGGUCAUUAUGCAAGUAUAAAUAAACCACUUUCAUCAAGUGAGGAAAAAGGUCAGAAAAGUCAAUGCUCUGCUUGGGAUUCUUAUAAUCUAACUCCUUUCUCCAAUUCCACCAUUUUAGGUACAUUGAACGUGCAACAGACAAGUACUGGUGUUACAGAGCCUGAUAGCACUGUGCAGCCUGUUGCUCCUGGUGAAUGCUGCCCUGGUGCCCAACCUACAAAUCCUUCUGGUGUGAGGACAAUUGAGGUAAAGCCAAGUAACAGCAAUCCUUAUGAGGGUGAGAAAGUAACUGUUAUUUAUGGCUCAAAGCCAGAGACUUGUAAAGAUACAGCAUCAAAGGAUGACCUACAGUAUCCGGGUGUUCCUUCUAUUGGCAGUGGAAUAACAUGUUCACUUGAGCCAGACUCUGUGUUUGAGAAAGAUGUUUCACUGGAAUCAAACACUAAAUUGACUGGAAAUGGAUAUGGCCUCUCAAGACAAAAGUAUAGUCCACAAAUUAAUGUCUCAAAAGAUGUCCACAUUGUAGUUAGUAGUGAUACCAUUAAGUUACCAGAUAUUAGCCUCACUUGUGCCUCUUCAAGGUUUUCUGACUCUGGUGUUGAAAGUGAGCCCAGUUCUUUUUCAACUCACCCAAAUCCAGAACUGUGUAUUGAAAACCUUACAGAACCAGGAUCUGUUUCAACUGAUAAAGUACUUCCCCAAUUAUUGCUAAAACCAGAAACAAAUCCAAAGGCUGCAGUUGAAAGCCACCGCACAGAGAGUACCAGUGCUUUGAGUGAAAUCCAGUCAUCUUUGACAUCAAUAAACUCAUUGCCAUCAGAUGAUGAUGAUGAGCUAUCACCUGAUGAAACGCCAAAAAUAUCAGGAGAAAGUCAGCUAAGAGACAGCAAAACUGUUGUAGAUUUAGGUACAGUUAAUUUGUCAAAGUUUGACCCCUUGAAAUCCAGCAUUCUUUUACAACCUCAGUGUGUUGUGUUUUCUGACAACGAAUCAAUACCCAUACACUCCUCCCUUUCAAGUAUUAGAGAUCUUUUCCAUUUUUCGGUAUCGGAUGAGGAAACCCUGCAUGAAGUAAAAAGUAUUCCUAUACCUAUGAGCAACAAGAUCACCACUUUUAGGGAGCCCCAUAUAACAGAAAAAUGUCACCAAACUGCACAAAGUACACUGCCUGCUAAUAACGUUGAAGAUGUAACCACAGUAGCAAGGUCCAUUGUUAGUGUUGAGGAUGUUGUACUAGAAAAUGAAAAGGUGGGUGAGUCUGAACUAAAAGACACUAGUCAGGACUUGUGUGAUUUAAGUGAAAGUCAAACUGUCACUAUGAAUCUCUCCUCCACUAACAGCACUGACAUAGUCAAGCAAGGGCUCGUAGAAAAUUACUUUGGCUCUCAAAGUAGUGCUGAUAUUUCUGAUAUCAGCCCUGCUGAGGAUGUCAGGUUUGUCAGUCCUGAAAGAGAAGAUGCAAAGCAGCAGUUACUUGGCACAGCUUCUCAAGAAGCUGAUGAGGAUGAUGAAGAACAAGAUGAGGAAAUGAUUGAGAAUGGCUUUUAUGAGGAAACUGAUGGCCCUUUGUAUAAAGCUGACGAAUCAGUAUGUGAAAUUGACCCAGAUUCCAUGCAAGAAAAAUGUUUGAGAUCUGAGAGGAUAAGUGCUGAAUAUUUUCGAGAUUCUGUAAACAUGCCUGGUGUCUGUACCCCCACAUGUUUUUCCUACACUUUAAGAGACUCUCCAUGCGGCAUUUCAUUUACUUCCAGAAACCCUAUGGACACUAUAACAAAGCAGCCGGAUGGCCAUGCCACUUGUUCAUCCUCAUCUCUCUCAUGGUAUGAAAGCUCCCCCAAGCCUUUAAUGAUAGCGUUCCUUCAGGCCAAAGAAGAACUGAAGCAGUUGAGGCUGCCAGGGUUCCUGUAUAGUGAUGUCCAUCACUUGGCCUCUACUGUUCCUUAUUUCAGCACGGAGGAUGAUGAUAGCUCUGAAGAAGGAAUUCAUCUGAUUGUCUGUGUCCAUGGUCUUGAUGGUAACAGUGCUGACCUUCGCUUAGUAAGAACAUAUAUUGAGCUUGGAUUGCCUGGUACACGGAAAGAUUUUCUGAUGUCUGAAAGGAAUCAGAAUGAUACAUUUGCUGACUUUGAUACUAUGACUGAUCGACUUCUGGAUGAAAUAAAGCAGUACAUUAAAAUCUACAAUUUGGUCAUUUCCAGAAUCAGCUUUAUAGGUCAUUCAUUGGGCAAUUUAAUUAUCCGUUCUGUGCUUUCAAGGCCUCGAUUUAAAUGUUAUCUCAACAAACUACACACCUUCCUAUCUUUGUCUGGACCACACCUUGGUACCCUGUAUAACAGCAGUGCUCUUGUUAAUACUGGUCUCUGGUUUAUGCAGAAGUGGAAAAAGUCAGGCUCCCUUUUGCAGCUGACUUGUCGAGAUCACUCUGACCCGAGGCAAACGUUCCUCUACAAACUCAGCAAGAAGCCAGGCCUUGAGCACUUCAAAAAUGUGGUUUUGGUGAGCUCCUUGCAGGAUCGUUACGUUCCUUAUCAUUCAGCACGGAUAGAAAUGUGCAAAACUGCUCUAAAGGAUAAGCAAUCAGGACCGGUAUACGCUGAGAUGAUCCAAAACAUUCUUUUGCCAGUUCUGCAGAAUAAGGACUGCAAUUUAAUACGCUAUGAUGUCAUUCACGCAUUACCCAAUACAGCAAAUUCUCUUAUUGGAAGAGCAGCCCACAUUGCGGUUCUUGACUCAGAAGUAUUUUUGGAAAAAUUCUUUCUGGUUGCUGGCCUUAAAUAUUUUCAGUAGAAGAAGAGGAGGCUACCAGAUAUUCAUUUAAUACCUCAUUACAAUAAAUCUCUAAAUAUGUGGUAUUAAAUUAGUAGCUGCCAUUGUAUAUUGUACAAUAUUUAUAGUUUUGGGGGGAGAAGGUUAGAGAAUAUUAUUUUUAUCAUCAGUUUUGAAAAUUCAUUACCAAUGUUAAUUGCAGUGUAGAUACCUUAAUAUACUGUAGUGAUGGUUAUUUCCACAUUUAAUGUUUAGAUGUUCUUACACAAUAAUUUUCCCUUCUGUGAGAUUUUGAAGGGUGGGUGCAUUAUUGAAAAUACAGAAAAUUCUCUGUACCAGUCCCCCUGAACAUGGACUAUGUAUUGAAUAUUUGGUGGCAACCAUCUUUAUUUGGAACAUAUAGUUGUUUUGGGGGUCUUUUUGUCAUGAAUUAACAAAAUACGUGUCAAUGCUAGGUCAGCUGGACUGACUGAUUAUUAAAUGUAAUCUGGCUUCUUAUUAGAUGGAACACCUCAUCCAUUGCACACUCCUCAUUGUUUUCAAAGUAAUAGUACAUUUAGAAUUUCUGAUUGCUUCACAUGCUGCAGAGGGACAAAAUCAGACACAGUUACCCAUUGGAAAUGUUGCUUUAAGGAAAGAUUUUGGAGUUACACUAGGUUAUGGUUGGUAAAGCUUUCCUACAUUUACCAAAGUUAUGUAUGUGCAUGCCCUGUAAAUAGUCUUAACGCUUAUGUAUAAUGUAGGACUCAAUAUAUAGCAACACAUUCCUUGCUAUUCAUUAAAACGUAGGGUAUGUAUUGUUUUAUUUUGUACCAUGAGGCAGGGUAGAAAUUAAGAAACCACCAAAAAUUCACCUUAGUUUAAUUUAGAAAGAGGGUUUGUUUUUAAACCUUCUGAGUACUCUUAAAGACACAUUUUCUACUAUUUAUUAAAAAACAAAUUGCAAGAAUCCGUGUCUCUAUCAUACUAAACGAGCAUUCACAAUCCCAAAUGUGUUUACUUUUUCUAUGGUUUGGAAAGCGUUUUGCCUCACCUGUGAAUUAUUUUUUUUAGUUAGCCCUAUAAAAGGUAUUACCUACUAUAACCAACUUUUACAGCAUUUUUAAAAAAAAAAAAACAUACAGUGAAAAUUGACAAUAGUCCAGUUCAGUAAAGAAUAUAAGUGAACAUUAAUAAUAACAAUGUAUAAAUGAUACACAUGUGACAUGCCGACGUACAAAAUAUGUGCGCCUGGUUGUCUGUUGAUAUCAUUGCAACAUCAACUAAUUACAUUUGCCAUUUAGAGUAUUGGAAAUUGUGAUUGUAGAAUACACCAAGUACAUACCAAAUCAGAAAAAGAACGUAUAAAAUUCUUGUGUUUAAGGAAAGUAGAUUCUGACAUCUGAGGAUUCCAAAUUGCAUCAGACAAGUGCAAUAUAAAAUGUUGAGUAAAAAUGUUUGGAUCAGGAAAAUAGCUCUGGUAGGUAUUGUCAACAUUUCAUUUAUGAAGUAUUGUUAGCGCCAUGUAAUGUUUAUCGUUGGUUGGGAAGCCAUUACUGAAGCACCCUGCCAACACUAAGCAGUAACAUUUUGUGAAAAUCACAAGAAAAGGAAUUGCUACAUCUGCACUCCACAAAAGUAAUGUUUAAUAGUAUAUUAGAACUUCAAACUGGAAAACAUAGCUGCUAAUUUGUCAUGUUAUGUAUUGCUCUGCCAUAUGCGUGUUUGAUGAACAGAAUUGUUUAAUGCUUUGGAAAUAUCACUGUCAUAUCCGUGUUUUGUAUAGAUUUGUUCUCUGUAUUGUGUUAAACCUGUGGAAAUAUUCUUUUGAUUUGGUUGCUGUAUGUUAUGUUGCCGCUGUAUAUACUGGAACUUCAUAAAGCAUUUUUUUCUUUGAUUGACUGCUGCCUUGUUAUCCGUCAGCACUGCAACAUCUCUGAUCUUCGUAAUCCGUCAUGAGAUGGUUUGCCGCAUACCUUGCAUAACACAUUAUUGCAAUACUUUUAUGAUUUUUAAAAAUUGUCUAAGAGGCUGCAUUGACUUAAAAGCACUGUAAAUAUUCAGAAUGUGCAUUAGAACAAAAAAAAAUGUUUGCUUUGGAUAAAAUGUCUUUUUCAUAUUGAAGAUUGUUAAAAGUCUGUUGACUUCUUACUGGUGCUUAAUAGCGUUUGAGAACAAUAUUUUCAUGUUAUGUAAGUUUGGGAGAUUAAUGCACUGAGGAUGCUCUUGAACUGUAAAGAAUACAUUUUUGUCAUAUAUAUUGUAUAUUUCGUGCAUGGUUAUAAAUCACUUACAGACACACUUUCCCUAGUAAGGAAAUAUUUGUUUUCUUUUUCAAACAGUUCAGUACAGCGUUGUUAACUGAAAAUUAGUUGGACACAGUCAUGUUUAAAAAUAAUUUUAGAUUCAGAAUUGCGAUCUCUAUGAGCACAAAAUGACAGAACAUACUCUUCUGAAGUGGAUACUUUUAUUUAAAGUGAUCUGAUGCAUUCAAAUUGCUGUUCCCCUUGAGACAUACAGCAUAUUGCAUACAAAUGGUUAAAAAAAAAAGUAUUUUUUAUGCUUUUUUCUCAUUGUGAAUACCUUGUAUGAAAUACGUAAGCAAUGAACUGAUUUAACAUUUCUUUUGAUCUAUUCAUUAAUCUUUUCAUUUUUAUGCAAACAAAACCACUAUCACAAAUCUCAGCAGCACCCGCCAGUCUCCCAUUUGGGCAGAAUGAGGAUAUUGCUAUUAUGUACUUUAUGUUUAACUUUUUGUAAUUAUUUAAAUGCAUUUGUAUGUUUUUUUAACAUUUUGAAGCUAAUUUUUGAAAUGUGUAGCAGUAUCAUCCAUUUAAGAUUACUGUAAUCAAAUAAAAAAAGUGAAUCAUUAUUAGUUUCAACAUUCUCUUUGAGGUGUAAUCUUCCCAAUAAAAUAUUCACUCUUUU